AUGGAGCAAGACAGACUUUUCAGAUUCCAGGCGUUCAAGUUGCCCAACUCGCUCGCAUUGAGGUCCUGUGGUGUGUAUCUCUCUGGUGCGCUGUAUGCGCUAGGGGUAUGGGCCUUCCUCGAUGCUGUGAUCUAUUCCAAGACGGUCAACGCCAGCGACGUCCACGUGACGUUUGUGGACUGGAUACCAAUCAUCUGCUCGACUCUUGGGAUGCUGAUUGUGAACUCGAUAGAGAAGAAUAGGCUGUUGAACGAUGCGCUUGGGAAUGGUGGGUUUGGCGGCAGCUCCACAACGACAUGGGCGGCAAGGGUCAUCCUGUUCCUGGGCUUCUCGCUGUUGGCUGGCGGCGUUGCAGGGUCUAUCGUGGUUCUGAUCUUGAAGUUCUUGAUGAAGCACUAUUCGUUCCCAACGUUGGGAAUGGGCGUGUCGAACGUUGUUGCCAAUGGCGCAAUCAUGCUCAGCUGCAUCGUUUUGUGGGUUGCCCAGAACAUUGAGGAUGAGUACUCGUACUCCCUGGCCCUAUAG